CCAUGGUUCUUCCCUCGAUCAGGAUUCUGAUUCCUGAGAAACAGAACAAGAAAAUUUGUGAGACAACGUCGAAGUAGACUUUGGGUUGGUUUGGCGGGUUUGUUCUCUUAGUCUUAGAAGUUUGGCCGAAGAAUGUGCCUUAGAAAUUUUCAACUUCCUAUAUCGCAGGAUCCUGAUAACUUGGAACGUUGGUUUCUUCGGCAAAGCUGUUUGGUAUGUCAAGGGUUUACAGUUGGUUUGCGGUUCGAUGCAGGAUUCCGCCACUAGGCGGCGCUAGUUGGAGAUUUGCGAUGUUUUGCAAUUGAUUAGAAUUUCUCAAAAAGUGUUCAACAAGCUGUAACGUUUUUCCCUCUGGACAUACUUGGGUCGAGUCAAAUGGUAAUCAAAGACCAAUGUAGCAGCCACAAGUGGCCAAAAUUUCACGUGAUUCGGUUUACUCAACCCUGAGAUAAAGUGGUUUAUUGAACAGCAGUCAAAUAAGACACAAUUUACUAGAAACGCUCUAGCUUCGUGUAGUGUCUACCAAGCAAGCCCAAAUUGGAACCAAUUGUAGCCAUCUAGUAGUAGAGCUGGCAGUCAAAAUUUAAGAAUUUUUUGUGCAAUCUAUGAAAAGUUACAGCUUGUUGAACAUGUUCUAGAUAAUCGACAAAACAGGCAUGCUUUGGCACAUUUGCAACUAGCGCCGCCCUGUGGCAGAAAGUCAAACCAAACGGCUGUUCAACUGACAGCAACCAUCUUUCUUAAACAAUCAGAAACCUGAGAUAAACGAGAUUGAAAAUUGAAAUGCCCUCUAUAGUGCCUUCUCCUCCGAUGGGAUUUCGAAUCAUGACCAGCACGAACAACGUUCCCGAAGACACCAACGGUUUUGUCGCUUUAGGAAGCAUCGUUGGUGCUACGUUUGUUAGUCUCGGACAUCACCGAAAUCGCAGAAUUGCAUACAUAUAACUACUACCGCAGGUCCCUGAUUACUGGGAGUUUUGGUGUCUUCGGCAAAAUGGUUUGACCGGGGGAGGACUUGCCGGCGAUGGGUUGUUUGGUGUGAAAUUCCACUACUAGUCGGUGUUAGCGCUAGGGAGUGUGUGUGUGUGUGUGUGUGUGUGUGUGUGUGUGUGUGUGUGUGUGUGUGUGUGUGUGUGUGUGUGUGUGUGUGUGUGUGUGUGUUUUUUUUCAAGUUUUUUUUUUCAACAUUAUUUUAUUUAUUAUUAUUUUUUUUUUUUUCAUGGGGUAGACCCCACCCUCCACAACCACUGUCUACCCCACCCCUCAUAAAAAACAAAUCAUAAACCAACGGAAAGAUGAACAAAUGCCAUCACCCUGCCAAUAAUCACGAUUCAACAAACCCGAAAACAGUAGCCCUGUUCAGUGUGGCACCACACUGAACCAGGGCUGUUGUCAAUCAUGCUGUCUCAUAUCAUACGUUUCUUUUGGAAACAUAUGCUAUGAAACAACACUUUCGACAACGGUUUUUUUAGGUUGAUCAAUCGCAAUCAUUCACAGAAUGAUUUCUCCAUCCAUCCAAACGUUGAUCUAUAAUAGGUUUUCUAUGAGGGUUUUCUGAUUUUUUUGUUAUUUUUAGUUUUUUCUUAUUUUUUUUCAUUUUUUGUUUUGUUAUUUUGCAUUUUUUAUUUUAUUUUUAUUUAUUUUUUAUUUUUAUUUUUCGUUUUGUUAUUUUUUUAGUUUUUUUUGUAUUUAUUUUAUAUUUUUUUAUUUUAUUUUUAUUUAUUUUUUAUUUUUAUUUUUUGUUUUGUUAUUUUUUUUUAAAUUUUUUGUUUUGAAUUUUUUUUUGCUUUCAUUUUUCUUUUGUUUUUUUGUUUAUUUUUUUGUUAUUUUUUUUUUGGUCCUUCCCCCGACCGGCAGCCGUUGUCAAAUUUUGUUCGUCUUUUUUCAAUUUUUUUUUGGUUUUAGGUUUGGUUUUUUUGAUUUUUUCCUCCGGAUUUUCCUCUGUUUUUGGUUUUGAUUUUUUUUUGCCUUUUUUUGGCUUUGUUUUUGGUUCCGGUUUUUGCUCUGUUUUCUGUUUUGGUUUUGUUUUUGUUUUUGAUUUUGUUUUUUGGAUGAUUUUUGUUUUCGAAGCAAAUGUAACUUUUUUUUCCGGCUUCCGGACGGGUUCAGGUUUUACAGGUCGAAUACAGGCUUCAUCGUAUAUUACAAUCCGAAUUACCACCUCUUGUUCUUCUAUUUCGUAGUUUUCCAUUUUUUUUGUUAGUUUUGUUUUUUUUUACAAAAUUUUUACUUUUCACUUGCCAAAAACACGUCUCCUUCCAACUCACUCACCUACGCUACUGACGAAAAAACCGGCCACCCUACCUCUAUUUAUAAACAAACUGCCCUGCGCGGCCCAUAGCAACCGACGGGCAGUGAAAAAACAGUGAAAAAACAGAGCAAAACAAAACCGCGAAAAUGUUUUUUCCAUCGGCGAUCGCGAUGUUUGUGCGGGCCGAAUACGCAAGAAAGUGCGUAUUCACCGCACAAACGGGCACCGUAGCGCGAUAUCUGAGGCCAGCCGUCCGUCACUCCCGGGGAACUCUCGCCGACGGUGGAAUCCGCUUCGGCAGCUUCGGGUCCGCCCAUCCAGUUCCACCCAUCCAGUCCGCCCAUCCGGGUCCGCUCCGUGGUCCACCCAUCCAGCCCGCCCAUCCGGGUCCGCUCCGUGGUCCGCCCAUCCAGUUCCCGGUUUCCGUCCGGCACCCGCCAACGGUGCCGCAUUCGGGGCGAAGAUUCCGCUCUCGCUUUCCGGACGGCGGACGACCGGACGACAUCGCACCGAUGACGGGAGCGAUACUCCUCGGGCCCUGCGAUCCAAUGACGGAUGGAUAGGAGGAGAUCCGGAAAAUAGACAUCCGUAAGUACCCCCCCA